AUGAGCAAACCAGGAUUGUCAUUCGGCCUCAGUCUUGGCAAGAAGCCAGGCGCAUCAAAGCCCGCGCCGGCGAAACGGAAGGCGUUUGGUGGCGACGACUCUGACGACGAUGCGCCCAAGCCGGGGACCAAGAUCGAGACACUGGACGAGCUAGGCGGCUUCGAUCUCGAUUCAUCGUCCAGCAGACAGGAGAGCGGAAGCGGAAAGCCAAAGAACAACAAGACCAAAUUGCCGACAUACCCACCGACGAGCAAAGCCAAGAAGCAGGAAAGCGCCAUGUUUGGCGACCUCUCGAGCUCGCUCGCAUCGAGAAAACACGCCGAGGAGGCAGAGGAGCUGGACCCGAGCGUCUACGACUACGACGGCGUGUACGAGUCUUUCAAGCCUCAGAAGAAGGAGACAAAGGAGGACGCCGAGCGGAAGCCCAAAUACAUGAAGAGCCUGCUCGAGGCCGCUUCUGUGCGGAAACGCGAUGCGCUGAUUGCCGAGGAGAAAAAGAUUGCGAGGGAGCGGGAGGCCGAGGGCGACGAGUACGCGGACAAGGAGAAGUUCGUCACAGAGGCGUACAAGAAACAGCAGGAGGAGAACCGACGAAUUGAGGAGGAGGAGAGGAGGAGGGAGGAGGAGGAAGCGAAGAAGAACAAAACGGGUGGCAUGAGCGCUUUCUACAAGAACCUCCUCAACAAGGGCGAGGAGAGGCAUGCUGAGGUCCUGAAGGCGGCCGAGGACAAGACCAAAGCUGGUCCGACACCUGCGCCGGAAGAGGCCGACGCGGGCAAAGAGAAGUCCGAAGCAGAAAUCGCAAGAGAGAUUAACGAAAAGGGCGGUUCUGUUGCUGUCAACGAGGAGGGACAGGUGGUUGAUAAACGUCAACUCCUACGAGGCGGUCUCAACGUUGGCGCCAAGAAAGAAGCCCAGGUCAGACAAGAGGCGGCGCGGCUGAAAGACAGCAGACCGCAGCGCAGUUCUGGCACCGGGUUUGUUGGCUCUGGCGGCAAGGGCGCUAUGCGGGAGCGGCAGACGCGGAUGCUCGAGGCGCAAUUGGAGGCGGCGCUCAAGCGCUCACGCGAGGAAGAGGAGGCAGAGCGCGAGAAGGUGGAACGGGUCACGAAGACGAGGAAGACGGAGGGGGAAAUCUCCAGCGCGAAGGAGCGGUACCUUGCUCGAAAGCGCGAGGCGGAGGAGGCCAAGAAGAAGGGGCUGGCCGAGUAG